UUCGAGGUCUCGCAGCCGUCGCCUCCGUGUCGCUCGCGCCGCCAACCGACAAAAGUGUAAUUUUUGAGUGAAGCGUCGCGCCCAGCCAUGGACGUCUCUCGGCCUACCCCGCUCGCGCCCUAGCAGCCCCCCGCCCCCGCGAUGCGCCGCCGUGCACUGUGACUACGCUGUGUUUACUCGACGAUAACUCGGUGUGAUUGUGGUGUGUGACUAUUUUGGUUCCUGCCAUCGCUGCCACGUCGCCGCCGCUGGGCUAUUUUGGGCGGCAGAACCGAUCGAGGUGGUGCGAGUGCCAUUUUCGCUACUCUUUGUGAAGUGCGAGUGACAGUGAUUUGGAUUACGGUGUGUCUUUGUGGAUUACAGCGGAGAGGGAUUGAAUGGACUAUCAACUAUCGGACCUUAAUCACUUCGGCCCAGUUUUUUAAAGGAUGACUUCAGCCUUCUCCAUGCCGGCCCUGUGCUGGCUGCGCGUAACGGCCGGCUAACCCAGCAGUCUUUCUCUUGACUAAGUUGGAAUCAAGCAGGUGUAACCUGCAGGUCAUGGAUGUUACCUUCACAAACGUGUUGGAGGGGGCGCGUCAGUAUUUCCAGGGCCUGCCCGCGGCGACGAGCUCCACGUCGGCGGGCCCCGCGUACUCGAAUAACCCGUCUGAGGGCGGUCUGCACCGCGAGCCCGAGCACCAGCCCGAGCUGCCACCGUCGUCCGGCGCCUACUGGCCCCCGCAGGAGGCCAGCCGACCCCCCACGCGCGAGCAGACCCCCAUCCAGAGGCCGCCGUCGCUCCAGUCGGACACCUCCCGCCCGCCGUCGCACUCCCAGUUGGCCAACCACUACCAGUACCAGGAGCAAGGCCAGUUCCAGUUCCCCCGGCCGCACUCGCGCGAAGCCCCCUCCAACCAGUACCAGCAGCAGUACCAACAGCGGGUGACCCCGCCCACGUCCCAGUACCACCAGUUACAAAAUGUCGGCUACUACCAGCAGCAGCAGAAGUCGUACUACCAGAUGCAGGGGAAGGUCGCCAACACGGGGUACAAGGCGCCGGCGAGUCAGGCGCAGGAGAACCCCUACUACAAGCACCUGUACACCUCGCACGCGCAGACCGGGGGACAAGUACAAGUACAAUACGCCGCCCAGAAAGUGGAGGGGAAGCAAGAGGGGGUCAAUCAGAUGCAGGGGACGUCGCAAGGGGGGUACCGGGCGACGCACAACCUCCCCCCGAUCGCGUCGCUAGCCCACAUCAGUUACCAUUCCAAUCGGGGCGGCAGGGACUUGGUGCGCACUGCCGUCCCCAAAACGAAGACGGCCCCCACGAACUCCACGAGCCAAGCGGCGCCCAAGCCGGUCAGCGCUUCCACGACGCAACAGUACCACCAGUACCAACAAUACGCGGCCAACCAGAGGCUUCCCAUGAGUCAGAACUACCAGUACGGCACGACCACCACGCAAAACUACACGCAAGUCAUCAUGACCACUUCCAACUCCACGAGUUACGCGGCUCCAGUGCAGUCUUCCUCGCAGUACUACCAAAAAGCGCCGACCCAAAAUAGCCAGAAUAGUCACAACAGUCAGAAUCAGAAUAGUCAGAGUAGUCAGAGUAGUCAGAAUGUGAAUGGGAGAAUCGCACCGGUGGUCAAGCAGAAGCGCGAAUCCCCUCUAGACUUGUCGGUGAAGACUGUCCGGACUCCAGCGGACUCCACGCUGGAUGAUGAAGACCGCAAGUUCUACACGAAUCGAACUGCGGUCAACUACCCCACGUACGACGUCUACGCGAACUCGUUCCAGAGGACGGCGGCGAAUCGCCAACAGGUGCCGACGGCGACCGCCCCCAAAAUGGACUUUCACCCGAAUUUUAACGUAACCUCGCUGAAUCAAACCAUGAACUAUAACAGACGGCCGGUGAGUGUGGCGGAGAAGCAGACGGCCAAUACCCAGAGGGUUAACUACGGGAGUACGAAUCGGUACCCGACGGUCUCGGUACCGACGGCCGCCCACGUCAAUUCUUACAUACAAGGGUCCCCGCAGAAGCGCGAGAACCUACCACGGGUGGACUUCUCGCCGCAGAAGUCCCUCAACAUGUACCAGAUGCCCGAGCAGAAGAAACGUCCCGCAGACACAGCACCAUCCAUCAUCCCGAAUAAAAUGACCAAAGUAGACGUAUGGAAGCAACGAAUGGAUCAACAAAUCGAACAAAGAAUCAAUUCGUACCAGCAACAACAAGCGAAGAAGGCGCUGGUAAAUGGGAACUAUAGCACGCCGCAGCCGGUCGCACAAGAGCGACCCAAGGAGGUCUACAACGCAUAUCAAAACAGACAGUACCAACAAUACCCGCAGUACCACAACCAAACCUACGUACCAUCCGCAAGCGUCCACCAGUACCCGGGGUACCAAUACCCCUCGCAACAACAACAACAACAACAACAACAACAGAACUAUAACCUACCCCGAACAAACUCCAAUUCGUCCAUUGCCGCCCCCAGAAACAACAUCGGCGGCGCUGAUAAGCGCGUGCUCUCCUUGUUGCGCAACAGUCUAGAAAUCAAAGGGGCCAAAGAAGCCCAGAAGAAGCUAGAACAAGAACAAAUGAAUCGGUCGUACGAAAAACACCCCUCCACUGACGUCACGGCUCCGUUGCAACCCAAACCCGGCUUUAUUAACCGUCACAACGUGUCCCCUUUCACUCCCACCAAUCUCCCCGACAACAACAACAUGUACAAACUCCACAUCCCCAAAGCUAUCGACUCAGUUAACUUCGAAUCGGAGUCCGGGAAACUCACGGAGAAGCUCGAGGACAGUCAAGCGAUGAUCAGCAACCACGUUAACCCCAACGGGGACUUGGACGGUCUGGCCGCUUUGGUAGCGGCUCGGAUCCGCACCAAAGCCGAGUUGAAACAAGUCAGCGACAAAAUCGAAGGCAACCCUCCCAAACUAUGUAAAGAAAAACAAGCAUUUCCACCCCGGAGACGACUCUUCAGUCGGAACGAGGAAGACGGAGGGUCGAACGUCCCUUUGCGGGACAAAACCGGGCUGAGGAGCUCAUCCGAGACGUCGGUUUUUGAUUUCCCGGAUAGCGACUCCGAGGGGGAGAUGCCUGUUUUGGAACGACAGACUCUGGAAGACAUGAGGAGGGACAGGCGGAGUUCCACGAAACCCACCGAGGUUAAAAUGGAGUCGCCACGAUCCAGCAGUCCUGAUGACGCCUUCACCCAAGCGUGCGACAGCUUCGUGGAGCAGCUGAAGAACGGAAGCGGCAAGAAGCGCGGACGGAGGAAAAAGCUGGAGCCCGACGUGUUGGCCAAGCUGGAAAGCGUAACCAAGGAGAGACCUAUUGAUGUAACUAUUAAGACCGAAGCACCGGCUAAGAGUGAAGUCGAAGACGAAGACUCAGAUGUGCCGUUGAGUACGUGCAUGAAAGUGGAGAGUCCCGUCAUGGUGACCAAACAACUAAGCGUGUCUUUGACGGAUAUCAGUCAGCUGAAGGUGAAGGAGGAGCGGGGUAGUUUGAAGGAAGUGUCGUUGACGGUACCGCGGCCCGCUCGCAAACCGGCCUUCGGAGACGGCUCCCACUUCUACCCCGGGUGGGAGGAGGAGGUCUACAAGUACAAGAAGAGUCUGAGGAUGCCGGCGCCCCUCAUCCACGUAACCCGACCGCCACAAUACCACCGCCUAUCCACCUCUUUACCCGACUUAGACCCUUGCCCUAACUCCCCCGUCGCCGACGACCACCCCAAAAACAAAACGAAGAUCAAAAGCGAGAAUAUCGACAGCGACAAUGAAUCAAACCACAGUUUUAACAUAUUCAGUAAGCACAACUACGACUCUGAGGGUAGUUCGUCAAUCAAAAGUCUCCCGAAUACCACGAAGGAGAGCAACUCGAUUCUGGAUAGAUUGUUGGAGCGGUACGGGGCGCGGAAGAAGCGGAAGCACAAACGAAAAGAAGACAGUCCGAAGGUGACCCCCAAGAACGACAAAGUCGAACUAUUACCCACUCCGGGGUUCGAGCGCGAAGACACCGCCAAGAGCAACCCCGAGUUCCGGAAGAAGACCAUCGAGAGUUUCAAGGAAGUCUUCUUGAAGAAGAGUCGCAAGCUGGUGAAACAGAAAGUCAGUAUUAAGGAAGUCUUCGGAGAGGAGCGCCCGGCAUCCGCGCCUCCCGUGACCUGUGUCAACAAUAUCAAAAUCAAAGAAGAACCAGGGGACGAAAUCACUCUGAGCACGCUAAUCAAAAAAGAAGACGACAAUAGCGACUUCGACACGCGACAAAUGCUGAAGAAUAAGUUGUUGAGUCGCGGGCGGAAGGAGAACCUUUUGAAGACGCUCGUGGAUAAGAAAAUCAAAUCGGAGCUCCGCGAUGACGACGACGACGACGACCCCGAGCAGGAUAGUAAGUCGGAGACGCCGUCCAUCGACGGAGACGAAGGAAGUCUAUCAGGGAAGAAACGUAGCAAAUUUAGAAACAUAAGACGUAAAUUUAGUUCAGGGUUUGACUACAUACGUAAGAAGAAGAAGCAGAAGAAGGAUCAAGACGACCCAAGUAAACCCAAAAAAGGUGGAAAGUUCACGUCGAAGAGCAACCCGGGGUCGGUUCAAGACAUCCAGAAGGAGAUCAAAGGCUGGGUUUUGAACAAAGGGAUCGGGGAGACCAUCUUGCAUCGAGCGGCCCGACUGGGAUACACGGACAUUACGGCUUACUGUCUGGAGAAGAUGGAGUGCUCGCCCUCCCCUAAAGACAACGCCGGGUACACACCCUUACACGAAGCCAGUACUAAAGGCAACUUGGCUAUAGCGAAGAUGCUCCUCAUGUAUGGAGCCAACGUGAGCGAGUCAGCCCGAGGCGGCAUCAGACCUCUGCACGAAGCAGUCGAGAACGGCUACGUCGAGAUCGUGCGCUUGUUGCUGUCGUACGGCGCCGACCCCAUGCUGGCCACCUACUCGGGGAACACCCCGCUGUCACUCUGCGCCGACGACACCACCACCAAGCUUCUCCAAAACCACAUUAACGACGUCGAGGGUCAGCCGGGGUCGCCGUGGCAGUUCGCAGGACCCGCUUCCUGCUUCGAUUUGCAAGAAACGGGCUUCGACGUACUGGAGGACGAUCCCACGGCCGAUCCACUCUCCGAAGAAGAGGACCUGGAGUUCGAGGUGUCGGAAAGCGUGCUGCCGAAUCUGUACACCCUCCGGGGGGAGGCGCAGAGCGACAGGUGGAUUCUGUUGCAGGAUUUGUCGAGUAUGCUGAAGAUUAAGUCGAGGGACGCGUUGUUGAGGCAGAUAUGUCCGACGACGAGUAGUUCGAGUGUGAGUCAUAAGAGUGUGUUGAGGGAACUGAAGAUGUCGGACUUUUUGGAGCAAGCGCACUGCUGCCAGUUCUUGAAUAUCGGUGAAAAGAUUAAUACGCGUGCUUCGAAGAUCGCCUUGGUUAAGUAUACGGACAAAGUGAGGGAACUGUUGAAUGUUGAAAAAGUAACGAUUUCGGUUAGGUGACCUACGGAGGAAGACACCUAAAUCUUUUCCGUGAUAUUGUAUUGUUUGUGAUUAAAGAAAUACCUGUUUUUGAUUAUUUUUUUUGUGUAAUAUUUUGGUGCUUUCUAGCAUUAAUGACUUAAUUUUUCUUGAUAGGAAAUAAACGAGUUCUUUAUUAUUGAGUAUAUUAAUGUUUUUUUAGUUAUCGUAUUUAUUGUAUAGAAAGAAUUUUAAUUGAAUUAGUGAAUAGGUUACCAGCUUUUUUAGAUAAUUUUACAACUUAUAGGCUAUGGACAUAUGUUUUUUUCAAUAAAUCAUCGUAAUGAGAGUGUGCAAUUCCUUUUGUAUUUGUCAAGUAACUAGCUUUGGAUGUGUGAUCUUGUAAAAUAAAUAAAUUUGUAUACUAGAAAAUUAUUUUAUACAAAAAAAUGAUACUCACAGUAAAUAAGUAUUGUAAGAUAAUCGUUAUCGUUGAGCUCAGGGAGAUGUACUCUCUUUCAGGAGUACCUACUAAUUAAAAAAUCUACUGUGUAAUUAUGAAUAUUUGUAUAAAUGUAUACUCAUCUAGGAAAACAACAGGUUUCAAAAAUGUACAUAUUUUCUCGACAUCUUCAUGUAUUUUUGUUAUAUAAGGUGAUAGCUUUCAUUUUUUCUAUGUAAUAGAUGAUGUUAUGUCAUGUGACUUAUAUGUGUGCUUGCUUUUCCAAAGCAACUCCACUUGUUUGGCUUAUAAUAACUGGGUAGUUGUACUGUACAGUAAAGAGUUAUCUGUGAUGCGCAUCAGUGGCAAAGUGCAAUGCUUUUUUUGCAGAUGUAUUAAAACAUAUUGUGAUUUUGCCAAUUUGUCCUAUCCGUGUGAAUUUAGAAAGUAUUUUAAUUUAUAAAUCUUUUUUCACAUUUUUUAUGUUUUUUGUUCUAUAUAAAACAUGUGAAAUAUUAAUAAACCAUAUAUCGAA